CCCCUCCUUAAGUCCUUUCAUUUCCUCCAUUGCCUCCUCUCAUGCCUUUCUCUCUAUCCCAAUAGCUCUGUUUUUCUCUCCACAUUCCUCCCAAUAAAUUAACCUUUGUUGCACUAUAAAAACAUUCCAAUCUCUCCUUAGUCCCUACAAAGAAAGAACACCAAAAAUAUGUGUUCCUCCAAGUCUAAACUCCAAGGUAGAAGUGCUCACAUCACUUCUCCAAUCUCUCAUAUCAAUGGCCGCCCGGUCCUGCAGCCGGCCUGCAACCGUGUCCCUCUCUUAGAACGCCGCGAUUCGCUCAAAAAGACCUCCCUAAAAAUCCCAACACCACCAAUUCAACCUUUGUCAUCAUCACCAACUACUACUACUACUACUAAUGCUACACCAAUUAAGCAUAGUGUGAAUUCAACACCCCCUAUCUCUCCCAAGCUAAAAUCACCGCGACCACCGGCUACUAAGAGGGCCAAUGAUCCAAAUGGGCUGAACUCUAGUGUGGAGAAGGUGGUGUUGACACCAAGGAGCGCCACCAAAUCCGCGGCUUUGGUCAAGAAGCCGAAGAAAAAUGGUGGCGAUAAUCAUGGAGUUGGAGUUGCACCUUCACUAGAGACCUCUUCUUCGUUGAAGUACUCUUCUUCUUUGAUUGUUGAGGCACCGGGAAGCAUAGCCGCGGCAAGGAGAGAACAAGUUGCAAUAAUGCAAGUGCAGAGAAAGAUGAAAAUUGCUCAUUAUGGAAGAACAAAGUCUGCCAAGUAUGAAGGGAAGGUUGUUGAUCCUUUGGCUACUGCUACUACAAUUGUUAAAGAGGAAAAGAAGUGCAAUUUUAUCACCUCUAGCUCAGAUCCUAUAUCUGUUGCAUACCAUGAUGAAGAAUGGGGAGUUCCUGCCCAUGAUGAUAAGCUACUAUUUGAAUUGCUAGUAUUAACUGGUGCUCAAGUCGGAUCAAAUUGGACUACAGUCUUGAAGAAAAGGCAAGAGUUCAGGGAGGCUUUUUCAGGCUUUGAUGCAGAAACCGUGUCAAAAUUUACUGAAAAGAAGAUGACAUCCACCGGUGCUGAUUAUGGCAUAGAAUUAAGCCAAGUCCGAGGAGUCGUCGACAACGCUCACCGGAUUCUUGAGAUUAAGAGGCUUUUUGGAUCAUUUGACAAGUAUCUGUGGGGAUUUGUGAACCACAAGCCCAUUGCCACCCAAUACAAGUCAUGCUACAAGAUCCCAGUGAAGACCUCAAAAUCAGAGGCCAUAAGCAAGGACAUGGUGAGGAGAGGCUUCCGGUUUGUGGGCCCCACCGUCGUGCACUCGUUCAUGCAGGCAGCCGGCCUCACCAACGACCACCUGACCACCUGCCCGCGACACCUUCAGUGCGUGGCGUUGGCAUCUCAGGGCUCGACUGCAGCCCCAGCUCUAUAGAAUAGUAACAUGACAUGAGAUGGAAGAGAGGACCAAUGAAUUAAUCAUAUAAUAAGCCAUAAUAUAGUGUGACCUAAGUUUCAUAAAUUAGUUUAGCUGAUCCUCUAACUACACAUAGUACCUUUUUUUUAAUGAUUUAGUUGUGUGCAGUGAUGUAUGAUAUUUAAUUAUUGUAAGGUUUUUUUAUUGAUGAUUAGGAAUAUGAGAGGAAUAAAGAAAGGGAGUGUUUGUGUGGAGGGACAGAGAGCAUGUGCAGGGUUGGGGAUAGGCAGGCAAUGGCAUGUGGUUGGUGCCUAUGAUUUUCAUUUUCUUGUGAGUUGUGACCACAUCCUCCUCCAUUAUUUGCAUUGCUUUAAACAGGCUGUGAAAGGAUCCUAACACAUCAGAAGAAGAGGGGUCAUUAGGCCAGCCCUACCAUCACCGUUAUUGCCUUCAGAAUUGGAUAAUAAUUCCUAUACAUAUGACCCUAUAUCUAUUGAUUGAUCAUCAAGAGGAGAAAAUGACUCACAUGCUUGAUGGUGACUCAAGGUCUAGCUUCCAUUCUCCUCGGGUCAAAUAGUGCCAUGUGCCACAAGAAAUCUGUCCCAAAGGAGAGCGUGCAGGACAGACAAUAUCUACACGAGUUAGGACAGAUCGUGACAAAAAUCCUAUACUGAUUUUCUAUAUUCUGACCUUUAAUUUAGUGGGAAUGUGUAUACGAUGUCUUGUGUGUGUAACAUAAGUUAGUGUGAGGGUUUUUGAGUGCCUUUUUUUUUUUUGGGUUGGAUUGUAUGAGUAUGUACUGUUUGAUCACUAUAUGUAUACUUUUUUCAAGAUCUUUUAUUUAUGAAUGUAUGGAGCAUCAGUUAAGCA